GCCUCAUACGACAAACUGGUCAACUGGUCAACAUCCUCUGAAGCCAAUGGCGGCGCGUUUCCCUGCAGGGUGCUUCACCCCAUAACACGGGCAGCAUUCGAUGACCGGCCGACUAGCACUUUCUCGUCGAAAGGGUCAUGUCAAGUGGAGAGGCGGGCAUCGCUCGGUCUCCGAGCCACGAGUCCUUCGGCACCGACCUCUCGCUCCUGUCCCUCUCGAGUUUAGGUUCUGAGCUGAGCCGGCUAAGGCAUGCCACUCGACCCACAAGUCGACUGCUUCAGGUGCCGAGUGAAUGCAGACGACGUCCUAUCUCUGGUGAAAUUCUCUUGGAAGAAGAAUCCCAAGUGAUCCGUAAUUGCAGUGCUUUCUCCUGUGGUCUCAUCAAGAGCUUCAGUACAGGUGAUAUUGCUGACAACCUGCAGGCUGAGAACCUUCGAGCUACCGUCUCAGAGGUUGGACGGCUCGACUUGGCCUCCCGGUCCUGUUCCACGUGGGUAGCAGUAGGUGACUCGCAGUUGCCGUCACCGCCUGCUGAACUGCCAUCCUUUACGGCAGACCUAGUGUGCUCGGUGAACAAGAAGGUCCGCCAGAUGUACAUUCGUCGAAGGUUGCUCUCAACCUACAAAGCCCUGGAACGGCUUACCAAGAGCGAGCUCAACCUGACUGUGCCGCAAGUGCAGAUCACGAGCGAUGAGCUGGACCUGUCUUCUGUAGGCUUCCACGGUGCCAACAGGACACUCACGCUGACAGCUGUUGAAAGAGAUCGGGGAAAACCACUUACCAAGUAUGAACGGAACAUGAUGAUCUUUAACUGGUUGCAGAACCUCGACGAAAAUGCCUUUGAUGAGUCCGCGUAGCUGGCUUUCAUUUCUUCCAACGAGAUCAUGCGUUGAGAACUAAACAACUAGAAAUCUGUU